AUGGCGGAGGUCGACUGCGCGUCUCCACACAUGUGGUACGCUCCCGGCUACGUCUCCCCACGCAGUGGCUGCUGCCAUUGCGAGGCAUCCUGCGCGAACACAUCCGGGAACUGCACCUACUACGAUGCGGUGGAGGACCCUCAGGAGAACUGGGGUUGCUAUGAGCAUGCUGCCCGCCAGUGCGAUUGUCUUGUGUCGGAAGCCGCGUGCACAGCCAAAGGUGCAGGCCACACAUGGACAUCUGGAUGCACUUCCUGUGCCUCACAAGGCUCUUGCUACGACAUGACAUCUCACGCGAUCAGCUGCGAUGUUCCCGAGACGUCGUGCUCGUCGCCGAACAUGUGGUAUGCACCGGGCUACGUCUCCCUGCGAAGCGGAUGCUGCCACUGCAGGGCGUCCUGCAAAGAGCCGGCGGACAACUGCACUUACAGCGAUGCGGUCGCGCCGGAGGAGAACUGGGGUUGCUAUGAGCAUGCCGCCCGCCAGUGCGAUUGUCUUGUGUCCGAAGCAGGCUGCACAGCCAAAGGCACAGGCCACACAUGGACAUCUGGAUGCACUUCCUGUGCCUCACAAGGCUCUUGCUACGAUAUGACAUCUCACAGCAUCAGCUGCGAUGUUCCCGAAACAUCGUGCUCGUCGCCGAACAUGUGGUAUGCACCGGGCUACGUCUCCCCGCGAAGCGGAUGCUGCCACUGCAGGGCGUCCUGCAAAGAGCCGGCGGACAACUGCUCGUACAGUGAUGUGGAAGCGGAGACGCAGAGAGACUGGGGAUGCUAUGACUCGUCCACAAAUGCCUGCGAUUGCGACACGACUGAAGCGGAGUGUUCCGGGUCCUGGACGCAGUCUUGCCGCAGCUGCAACGGAGAGGUGCCAACUUCUUCUGCAGGUCGUCCCAGAGGUUUCGUCCUUGCCCUGCUUGUGUUCCUCUACGGCUUCUUCACAGCAGAAGCCAACACCGGCAGCGGCACAGGAUGCUACAACGUGGAGACUCACCAGUGCGACUGCACAGUCUCCGAAUCAACCUGCCAUGCUCGGGGAGGCACCUGGACUGACACGUGUCGAUCCUGCGAUUCCACCACCAACGAGCAGCAUCCCCAGUGCCAGAGGCAAUACUCUUGGGGUUGCUUUGACGAGGCCAGUCAUGCGUGCGAGUGCACCGUCUCCGAGAAAACCUGCGAAGCAGCGGCUGGCAAGACCUGGACUCAUGAGUGCUGGUCCUGCUGCCACGGCUCUUCUUGGGGCUGCUUCGUGCCGGGGAAUGGCGCCGAGUCCGGCUGCCACUGCAACCUCCACGAGACAUCGUGCAGCCUGGAUUUCCCAGAUGCAACUUGGUCCCACCAAUGCUUCGACUGCGACGUGGAUGCAGAGACUUCUGCAGCGGGUCGUCCCACAGGUUUCGUCGUUGCCCUGCUGGUGCUCCUUUCUGGGUUCUUCAUGGCAGAUUCCAACACCGGCACGGGCACGGGAUGCUACGACACGGAGACUCAUCGAUGCGACUGCACCGUCACCGAAACGCAGUGCCUGGCUCGGCAAGGUCACUGGACUGACACGUGCCGAUCCUGCGAUGCCACCACCAACGAGCAGCAUCCCGAUUGCCAGAGGCAAUACUCUUGGGGUUGCUUUGACGAGGCCAGUCAUGCGUGCGAGUGCACGGUGUCCGAGCGGGCCUGCGACACGGCGGCGGGCAAAUCCUGGACCCAUGAGUGCUGGUCGUGCUGCCACGGCUCUGCUUGGGGCUGCUUUGUGCCGGGGAAUGGCCCAGAGUCCGGAGAUGAGAUAUUGAACUGCUCGGAGCAUGACGCAACUUGGUCGCACCAGUGCUUCGAGUGCGAAGAGGAUGCGGUGCCCGGGCUGUGCAUUGUGCACGUGGCGCUCGAUUAUCCGUUUUCAAAGUACGAGCGCGUGCGGAAGGAUGUGGAGGCGGCUGUGGACGAUGGGGGCGUCGGGGUUGCUGUGGCCGUGUCCGUUUCGGUCACAGUCGUUGUGGUUGCUGCAUGCAUUGGCAUUUACUGCCUCUGGGCCAAGAUGAUGAAACCAAAGCCGGUGAACGAGCCGUACAACAGCCCGCAGUUCAAUCAGUCAGAUGUGGUGGUGGGCUUGGCCGUUCCGGGAACGGCUCCAUCCUCUGCUGCAAGUCCCAAAGAGGUUGCUUGA